AUGUGCGCGAAAUACGAUUGUGACGCGACCACGUGGUCGUUCGAGCCCACGUGGGACCCUAAUGCGGCUUGGGAUUAUUACUGGCAACAACCGGGUACCGGUAUCGGAGCCGGUAUCGGCAGUAGCGGCAGCGGCAGCGGCACCGCGCCAGCGGUGCCGCUGUUGCCGCUGGAUCCGUUGGAUCCGCUAGAGCCUUGGAAUGAUUUCCCAGAGCUACCGCUACAGCAACAUCAACAACAACAGCAACCACAAGAACGGCCAUCGUCUCCAACGGCAUCGUUGUCGUCGCCGGCGUCGUCCACAAUGAUGAUGAUGGCUACGCCACAACAAUUGUACCAGGAGACCGGAACCAUAAGCGGUGGUGAUACCAGUGCAAGUGUAAGCGUCUGUGAAUUUGGGUCUUUCUCACCCACUGGAAACGAUACAUUGUUCAGCAUAGACGCCAUGGCCACGCGUCCCAAGCUGGCACCGCGGCGGCGGUCGUCAGCGGUCGCAGCAAAGGCCGCCGUAAACAAUACCGGUCGCUCGCGAUCCUGGAGCGCAGCGGUCACAGCGGCUCCCAUGUACAAGUAUGUGGCACACGCCCAAUUGGCCAUGCAAUGCGGACAGCCCAAGAAUUGUAUUGAAAAUCAAAAUGCGUGGCUCCAGAUCGCGCGCAUUUCGCACGAGCGGUGGCGGGUCGUGACGGACCGGUUCGUACAAAAGAAGGGCAGCGGCAGCGGUGAUAACGUCGUCGUGGUCACGUCGAGAUCACGUGAGGUCGCAGACCACGUGCUCGUGCUUUUCUCGCAGCAUUAUGUACGGGAGAAGAUCGCCAUUCUCGCAAGCGAGCACGUGAAAAGCGCCGGAGCACGUGGGGAUGACGUAAGCGACGGGGACGUGGAAAGCGAUACCGACACCCGUCCACCACAACAACAACAAAAGCCCCAGUCCUUACUCCAGGCGCUGCAGCGCCGCGAUCUCGACAGCGCAAACAAUUUCCUAUGGCUCGACCAGAGCGUGCCGCGCAACACUACAACCCAGGCCAAACAAUUCCCGCGACUCACCGUGUUCGACGAGUCCUGCCAUCAGCAACCAAACUCGUCGCUGGCCCCAGGGCUUCUCGCCGUAGAGGUUCGCACCAGCAGUGGUUACAACAAUUUCACCGCCUCCUCAACACAGAACGCAUCGCUGUCCGAAUGGGACUGUGAUCUCCUACAACUGCGCCACAUGUCGCUGCUGCGCGAAAGCGAAGACCGCAGGCGCAAAAACAAGUACUACGAGUUCAUCGAGGGUAAAAUGAAACGCCCGCUCAACAGUUUCAUGCUCUAUCGAUCCGCGCUCAUGAAAGCGGUAGCCAUUCUCAAAGUUUGCAGCGUCGUCACAGAUACCUGUCAGAUGCUCUCCCAGCAUUAUCCACAACUUACAGAAUCACAACUCCUUGCAGUCGUGGGCAGCGUUGUACAGAACAUCGAGCUUCCCUUCACUUUGCCAGUAGAAAUAGAUCGGGAUGUUGUUUUGGCGGCCAUCCAUGCCACCAUGUACGAACCUGUCGAUACUACCAAUCCUGACUCCAAGCUCAAACCUGUUGACCCUAAAUUUUCAAAUCAGACAGAUGUUGCACAAAUUAUCACACUCAUGUGGAACACUGAACCCGAGGACUUCAAACAUCGCUUUGUUGAAUUCUCGCAAAUCGAAAAACAACACCAUCACCAAGUUUAUCCCAAAUAUAAAUACUGUCCCGUGAAAAGGGAACGCUCUAGUACUUAG